UGAUUUCCAAGUAUGAAGUCGUACACAGUAGUUGCGUUUAUUGCCAUUUGUGCUUUGGCUUCGUGCAAACAUAUCGAGAGCAAGGUAGCCGACAAGGAUUUUCUAACGAAACAAAAAUUCGUUUUAGAGAUUUUGCAGCAUGUCUAUCAAAACGAUGUGUUCGUAACGAAGUACGAUCAAACAUUUAGCAAUUACAAACCAUGGGAACAUGUAGGGGACUUUAAUCAGGUCGAUCAAGUUAAGGAAUUCUUCGAAUUGUGGCAACACAAACCUUUGCAUGACGAUGAAGUCUUCUCGCCAGUCUAUGAACGUCACGUUGAAUACUAUAAAGGUUUAACGAAAGUAUUUUACAAUGCUAAGGACUGGAAUGCGUUUACUCAUGUUGUGUACUGGGCUCGUGUUCAUGUUAACAAACAUUUGUUUGUGUAUGCCUUUACUGCGGCCAGUUUGCAACGUCCUGACUUGCAGGGUGUAGUGCUUCCGGCUGUAUACGAGGUGUUGCCCUGGUACUUCUUUGAUGCCGAUACAGUAGAAGUCGCCAAACAGCACGGAGCUCAUGGCUUCCACGGUGUUAAGAAAUUGGAUAACAUUUAUAAUGUGGUAGUGAAGACAAACUAUAGCAAUGUCUACGGUAAUGUUAAUUAUGAUCACACUUUGGCUUACUUCUUAGAAGAUGUGGGCUUGAAUGCUUUCUACUAUUACUACAACGUUGACUAUCCUCAAUGGUCCCAUGGUCCAUCUUCUCACGAGCUUAACAAAGAUCGCCGCGGUGAACUGUACCUGUAUUUGCAUUGGCAAUUUUUGGCUCGCUAUCAUUUGGAACGUCUGUCGAAUGAUUUAGGUGAUGUACCUCAUCUUAAUCUUUAUAAUCCAUACGAAACGGGCCACGUCAGCAAUCUACACUAUUACCGUGGUGUUAGCUUCCCCAAUCGUGAUAACCAGCAUAACUUCUACCACGAGGAGAACUACGAACCUGCUAAAGAGUAUGAGAUAUUAACCCAACGUAUUGCCGAAUUCGUUGACACAACCAAGGACGAUUACGUAGAUGCUGUUGAGAAAUUGGGUAACUUGAUACAGGGUAAUGUUGAUAGCCAUAAUUCCCGUUUCUAUGGCAGUUUGGAUCAAGUUUUCCGCCAGAUUGUUAAUGAGGGUCGUCCUUAUGGCAAAUAUGGAGAAGUAUUACCUUCGUCUGUGGCGCACUACGAAACCUCGGUCCGUGAUCCCAUCUUCUAUUCAGUUUAUAAGGAAAUUGUUUCCCAUUACUGGCGCCUGGGAGAAAACUAUCCCGAAUACAAACCUCAAGAUUUGCAUUUCCCUGGCGUUAAAGUAGAGUCUGUGCAAAUGCCCGAAGGCUUAACUACCUACUUUGAAUACUUCGAUUCUGACAUUAGCAAUGUAGUCAAUGUAGAAACUCAUGGUGAUUCUACUGAUGAAUUGGUGAACUUCGGCCGUAAUUCUCAGCAUGAAGGCCACAGCUUUGUUGUCAAGGCGCGUCAGGUGCGAUUGAAUCACAAACCCUUCGAUGUCGUUGUGGAUGUGACCUCGGACAAGAGUCAAAAAGCUGUUGUCAAAGUGUUUGUUGGUCCUAAAUAUGAUGAAAAUGGCAAAGUAGUGCAUUUAGUUAACAAUUAUCAAAACUUCUUUGAGUUGGAUCAUUUUGUUGUUGACUUGGUGGCCGGUGUUAAUCAUAUUAAGCGCAACUCUAACGACUUUAGUUUCUACGUAGAUGAUCGUACGACCUAUUUGGAAUUGUAUCAAAAAGUUUUAGAUGCCGUCCAGACUGAUUACAAAUUCCCAUUAAAUCAAGCUGAGGCUCAUUGUGGCUUGCCGCAACGUCUUAUGAUUCCCAAGGGCAAAAAGGGCGGUAUGCCUGUUCAAUUCUUCUUUAUAGUAUAUCCUUACCAUGCUCCUAAAGUACCACAACAUUCCACUUACGAUCACGUAGUCUCGUGUGGGGUUGGCUCGGGCAGUCGUCAUAUUGAUGCAUUACCAUUCGGUUUCCCCUUCAACCGACCCGUCAAACAUGAUUUCUAUUUCCAGGUACCGAAUGUUAAAUUCCACGACGUGAAAAUCUACCACAAAGAAGAUACCACAAACGUAGUUUAAAGGGAAUUUUUAAGCAUAUAUUAUUACUUUACUUAUUAUAUUAUUAUUUUUUAUAAUUUUUCUCAACGAUAACUUUUCUAUGCGAACUUCGAUGAAAUGAAUUGGAAAUAAAAAAAAAAAAAAAUAAAUAGG